AUGACUGCCAAAACAGCUGAUGCUGCCAUAGCUGCAGCAACAGCUUCACCUCUUUCUCAUCGCAAGAACCCUGUGGAAAUGGAUCGUCCCGACAAGAGACCCUUCCCAGAAGCAUCCCCAUCUGAGAAUGGUCAAGACUACUCGGAAGACGAUGACGAUGAGGAGGACCACGACGAACAGUCGUUCAAGGAUUCUGACAGAGCCAAUACAGCCACCACAACCAGAACCAAUGCAACUGAUGCUGCUAGUAGGGAUCCUGCUGCGCCGCCACCAGCGAAGACCCGCAAGAAACCUGGCCGUAAGCCUAAUCCCGCUUCGCCUGCUGUCCGUAAAGAGCAGAACAGGGCAGCUCAGCGCGCAUUUCGCGAUAGAAAGGAGCGUCACCUGCAGCAGCUCGAAAACAUGAUUAAAGAGCUUAAGGAGUCGCAUCACCACUCAAACAUCCGUUUCCAGCGCGAGUCCCAUCAGCUCAAGAACAUCAUUGAGCAACUGCAGAGCGAAAAUUAUUAUCUUCGUGAAGUUGUUUUCUCCUUUGAAUCGGCCCUGGGCAAGACCGGAAAUGCAGCUUUGUUACAAGAUGUCAAGGCCGAGCUCUACAGGCGUCAUUAUGAAACACAUGCCGCCCGUAAGCUCUCGUUCUCGACACCACAACAGCAUCCCUCGCCUGUUCCAUCCUCCCUUGCACCUGAAAGCCCUGUUUCAGUAGCCGCUUCUGUCCCAACGCCUGCUCCUAUGUCCAUACCCAUGCCUGGCCCUGUCCCUGUUGAUGAUAAUAUUCCUCAUGCCACACAAGUCCAAAUGUUGAACCAAGCUUUGACUGCAGCUAUGACUGCUCAUGCUGCAGCCAUGACCAAUGUUCUCAAGCCUUCAUUCGGCGGUACAUCCCAAGCUCCACUGAACAACAUGGCCCCAUCCACACCAUCAUCAACAGCGGUGCCCCCGUCCAGUACGGCCAAUGCAUGGGCCCAACUUGGUCUUGCUGACCCUCAGGAUGAUAAUAUCUUUUCGAUGAACAACGAUGUCCUUUACAAAUCGACGCCUUCUUUGUUCUCGUCUUCUGGCUCUGAUGACGGAAAGACAGCUACUUCAGCUCCCAUGGAUCCACUUACUGCCGCCCGCUCCAAUCUGGCAGCACCAGCUAAUUGGCUCCCUAACCAGACCUACGAUGACCUUCAGGCUACACUCUUCUCGCAGACUAACGUGCAAUCGAAUGGUGGCAAUAGCUCUACCAACAACCACAAAAUGCCAACAUCCUCACCUCAAGCCAUGUCAUCUGAUGCAAACCUGUUUGGUCAGCUGCAGGAUCAGGCAGCCUUCUCACCUAACCAAAACAUCUUUACGUUCUCGGCAAGCUCAAUGGACACAGCAUUCCCCAACCGAACAUCCUCAUUCCUAGACUCUGAUGAUGUUGACAGUAACGAAUUCAGUAUGUCUGGACCUAGCCUGUCAUUUGAUGACGGAUUGAAAUCACAGCAUGCACAGCAACAACCUGAUGUGGUCCUUCCGUCCUAUCGCUUACAGAUGGAACUCCGUAUCCUCGCUUCCGCCGCUCCUGCAACAGACCCAUCAAUCGACCCCAAGAUCUAUGCCAUGCCUCAUGACGCUCGCAUUGACUUGAUCCCAUGCCCCAAACUCCGUGCGAAGAUGAUCUUGCAUCAGCACGAAUACGAUAUUGAAGAGCUCUGUCAGUUGUUACUUGGUGGUGCCAUUUGCCAUGGACACCCAUUGGAUCCUCAUAACUGGGAAUUACCACGUGCAUUCUUUGAUCGCUAUGGAUACUUGAUGGGGCAAGAGUUGAUGAAAUACAAGAACAAAGUGUGGCCAAAAAAAACUGAUACUCAACGACAUGGCAUCUAUAAAGGCCUUUAG